AUGUCCAAGUACAACAAGCUUCAGGGCACCCGCGUGCUCGUCGUCGGCGGCACCUCUGGCAUUGGCUACGCCGUGGCCGAGGCCGCCCUCGAGAGCGGCGCCACCGUCUACAUCAGCAGCUCCAACCAGACCAAGAUUGACGCCGCCGUCGCCCAGCUGCACGCCCACGCCCAAGCCGUCAAGCUUGAGCCCCUCGCCUCCGGCCGCGCCUGCGACCUCUCCAACAACGCCUCCACCGAGGCCAACCUCGUCGCCCUGCUCGACUGGGCCACGGAGCGCAAGACCAAGCUCCUCAACCACGUCGUCUUCACCGCGGGCGACUCCCUGCCGCGCACGCCCCUCGGCGACGUCACCGGCGACACCAUCCUCGGGGGCUUCAACGUGCGCAUCGUCGGCGCCCUGCUGCUCGCCAAGCUGCUGCCCACGUACGCGACGCGCUCCAACAAGACGUCGUACACCCUGACGAGCGGGAGCCUGGCAGCGCGACCGGCGCCGGGCAUGGGCCUCGUGACGGGAUUCGCGGCCGCGGUGGACGGGUACGCGCGCGGGCUGGCCGUCGAUCUCAAGCCCAUCCGCGUCAACGCCGUGCAGGCGGGCGCCAUCCGCACCCCGCUGCUGGGCGAGAACCCGGCGGUGCUGGAGCGCUACGCCAAGGAUUCCAUCACGGGGACCGUGGGGAGGCCAGAGGAGAUUGCCGAGGCGUACCUGUAUCUGAUGAAGGACUCGUUCAUCACCGCGUCGUCCAUUGAGUCGAGCGGCGGGCGCACCGUCGGCGCGAGCCAAGAGGUUUCCGAGUUCAACUAG